AUGGCUUCUAACCCAUACGUAAAGUCUUUAAUAUGGUUAGUGGCUUUUGGCGGCAUAGGUUAUGGGCUUUUACGUUUAACUGAACCCUCGGAGGAAAAACUUGCUAAAAUACGUUCAACUACAGCAGGUGUUUAUUUAAGCGAAGACGAACAGAAGAAGAUCCAGUUUUUAAAGAAAUUGCAAUCAGCUGCUGCAGAAAACGCCCCCGUGUAUUCGAAAAAGAAGGAAGACAAUUAA